GCCAAUCAGAGGAGAAGAGCGCCUCAUCCCCGCUCAAUCAGCAGCCUAAGACCUCGGCGUCCGCUACGCGGCGCGGGCCCGCGGCUGGCCAAUCAGGGCAGGGUGGUGGUCGCGGAGCGCGGGGGGCGGUGCCUUCGGUUCGGUCGCGUCGUGGGUGCUGUGAGAGGCCGGGGGUGCAGUUUGGCCAAAUCCAAGGCUUUCCUCUGCCCUGGUAGUCUCCGCCAUGAUCCACAGUCUCUUCCUGAUCAACUCCUCUGGAGACAUUUUCCUGGAGAAACACUGGAAGAGUGUUGUCAGCCGUUCUGUUUGUGAUUACUUUUUUGAGGCACAGGAGAGAGCUACUGAGGCAGAAAAUGUGCCUCCAGUGAUUCCUACCCCUCACCACUACCUCUUGAGUGUUUACCGUCACAAGAUCUUUUUUGUGGCUGUGAUCCAAACAGAGGUCCCACCUCUGUUUGUCAUUGAGUUCCUUCACCGAGUAGUGGACACCUUCCAGGAUUAUUUUGGAGUGUGUUCAGAGCCAGUGAUCAAAGACAAUGUGGUCGUGGUUUAUGAGGUAUUGGAAGAAAUGCUUGACAAUGGGUUUCCCUUGGCUACUGAGUCAAACAUCCUCAAAGAACUGAUAAAACCUCCCACGAUCCUUCGGACCGUUGUCAACACCAUAACAGGAAGCACCAAUGUGGGUGAGCAGCUUCCCACAGGACAGCUGUCAGUGGUGCCUUGGCGACGGACGGGCGUGAAGUAUACCAACAACGAGGCCUAUUUUGAUGUGAUUGAAGAGAUCGACGCCAUCAUUGAUAAGUCGGGCUCCACAGUCACUGCGGAGAUCCAGGGGGUGAUCGAUGCCUGUGUCAAGCUGACUGGGAUGCCAGACCUCACGCUUUCCUUCAUGAACCCUAGGCUGCUGGAUGACGUCAGCUUCCAUCCUUGCGUUCGUUUCAAGCGCUGGGAGUCUGAACGGAUCCUCUCCUUCAUCCCUCCAGAUGGCAACUUCCGCCUGCUCUCUUACCACGUCAGUGCACAGAAUCUGGUUGCAAUUCCAGUGUAUGUGAAACAUAGUAUCAGUUUCCGGGACAGCAGUUCACUUGGACGCUUUGAGAUAACAGUGGGACCAAAGCAGACCAUGGGGAAGACCAUAGAGGGGGUGACCGUGCUCAGCCAGAUGCCCAGAGGAGUCCUGAAUAUGAGCCUCACUCCCUCGCAGGGCACACAUACAUUUGACCCAGUGACAAAGAUGCUGUCUUGGGAUGUAGGAAAAAUAAAUCCUCAAAAGCUACCAAGUUUGAAGGGGACCAUGAGUUUGCAGGCUGGAGCUUCCAAGCCGGAUGAAAACCCCACAAUUAACCUGCAGUUUAAGAUCCAACAGCUGGCCAUUUCUGGACUCAAAGUGAAUCGUCUGGAUAUGUAUGGAGAAAAAUAUAAACCCUUUAAGGGCAUAAAAUACAUGACCAAAGCUGGAAAAUUCCAAGUUCGAACCUGAAGGAAAGAGUUUUGUAGAAGGAACAAUCAUGAACACUUUUUUUUAUUUCUUGUCUAAAAGUAAAAAAUAUCAGCCUGUCUCUUAGGUCAGUCCCCCAGGACUCACCAGCUCCCUUUUUUCCUUAGCCUUGAGUGCCGUGGAAGUAAUGAAGGGAGAAGAGGACAGAACUGCAGCUCGGUCGGCACCAGCUCAGUCUGAGGGAGGUGUGUGUGGAAGGCCGGCAGUGCGUGCCACCAUAUAUAACUGCUCUGAAUGUGGCUUCUGUAGGAAACCAUACAUAUUUGUUGCUUGCCUGGCUUUAAUUAUCUAAAGCCAAUGAAAGAUUUCUUUAGUGUUUUUUUUUUUUUUUUUAAGGUAGAAGGAGAAACGGAAAGGGAAGGGAAGAGAUUAGGUGAAAAAUGACCACUGAAGAAAGCCCAGCUGAAGGGAGAUCUGUGGGCUGAGGUGCUUCAUGGUAAUGCCCUUGCUUAGCAGGUUCUGCGGUUUAGUCUCCAGCAUGGGUGUGUGCAAGCGUGUAUCUAUGAAGGAGAAGAAAAGGGAAAUAGUAUUGAAGAAGAACUGUGAGGAAGAUGGCAAAGAACAGUAUAAACUUGCUGUCAGGACAUUUGGGAAGAGUAGAGUUGGUUUCUUUCUGAUCCCUCUAAUACAUAAAAUUCCUUUGCACUUCUGGAAAUGGAUUGGACCUUUCUAACACCCAAGUCCACUCUUGCCAUGGGCACCCCAGUAGAAUCAUAUUUUCCCUUGAAGACUGAGAUGGCAUUGAACUGACUUUCAGGGUCUAACUGUUGCUUGCCUUUAAUACUUAGGCUGUCAUCUAUAAGACAAUGACCUAUCUUUUUGCCAAAACAGUUACACUAAUAUCACUCUAAGAAUUCACCAGCCUUUGCUGGUUACCAGGUCUUUCUUCAGAGUUUCCUAAAGUGUAGGAGAAUUUCAGUGCAGCCAUAUUUCAUGAGUGGAGAUGGCAGUUCAUCCCCAGGAAGGGGCACAGCUGAUAUUCACAUGCGUCCCAUGGCAUUGGGUCCUAAGCGAUCUGCCUGAAGCUGCUCCAUCAGUAGUCCUGAGGAAAAAGACUGCUCACUAGUUGGGGCCUGAUAGAUCAUUAAAGCUAUGUGGUAAAAUUAUUUCAGUCUCGUGUUUGGUACUCUCCUCUAUAAUAUAUCUCUUAACAGUAACUGUCUACCAGUCCAUUCUUAAGACAAGUCACUUAAAUCUUCGAAUAAAACUAAUUUUAUAAGAAGACAGACCACGUUGAUGAUGUGUAACCAAGUCAGUAAGAAACAGGGUAACUUAAGGACUGCUUCAGGCUUUCCAAUGGCUCAUUUUUAUUCUGCACCCAUGUUUUAAUUACCCAUUUUAAUAUCUAGAUAAAAGACAAGUUCAGGGUUUUAUUAUUUUUGAGUUACAGCUUACUGAUACUGUGCUCUACAUUGUGCAUGGAGAAAAGAAGAGCUGUGUUCUCCAAAAUGUAGAACUUGUCUCUGAAGCCCCAUUACCAAAUACUAAUAUGUGUGUGUGUGUGUGUGUGUGUGUGUUGGUGAGUGGACUGGCUAGUUUUAUCUCGCUGCUUCUAGGACUUACUUUUGCUGCAGAGUAAUACUGCUUUGUGAUUUUCCUCUGGGAUGAAUUCUGCUGUGUACAGCCAGAGGUGUUUUAUAUUUCAUCAUUCCAGAAUUUGUCCUGGGUUGCUAUGGCCCGUAUAGACCUACCUUGGUAGGGUAAGUAUCUCUGCCUGGAGAUUCCAGAAACCACUUCUGAGGGCUCUGAAGGGUUUAAGAUUUCUUAGGUCAUAGAAAAUAACUAAUCUUAGUUCCUAAAUACUUUUAGGUUUAUGAGUGUAGCUGUUUCAUUUCCUCUAGGGCAGCUCAUCCCAUUUUGUGAGAUACGUGAAAGUAAAGUAUCUGCAGAGUCUGGGACCUGCAGGCCUCAGCGUGUGUGAGGUGUCACAUGGAUGCAGCAGACAGACGUCACGCCUGCCGCCCGCAGUGUCAGCAUGCGUGGUGCGGGGCAUCUAGCAGCUAUUCAGUUCCGUGUGUGUUUAACGUGCUGAAGUGGCUUGAAAUCCUAAUAAAGUUGUUUUUCCCAGUGUU